AUGAACGUUUUGAAGCUUCAGAGGAAGUUUCCUCAGUUCCAGCAGAACGAGAUCUUCUCCUUGUCCGAUGCCUUCCAGCGACUCGAUGUCGACGACAAGGGAUACCUGGAUGAAGCCACUGCUAUCAAGGCCACGCAACAGAGCGAAAACCAACCUUAUGAUGUUGUGCGCCAAGCGCUGAAGGAAGUCGAGCUUGACUCGUCACGGCGCGUUGAACUUGAGGACUAUGUUAGCCUCAUCUCCAAACUCCGCGAAUCCUCCCCUGCUCAGAAGCGCAUGUCCACGGGCCCAUCCGCCUCUUCCGCGCCCGGCAUUGUCGCGCAGCGCACUGGAGGGCAUGCUUCCAAGAGCAGCGUGAGCGGCAAGAUUCAUGUCCAGGGUUCCAAUGCCAACAUCACCCACACCAUCAACGAGGAUGAGCGAACCGAGUUCACCCGCCACAUCAAUGCCGUGCUCGCUGGCGAUCCCGACAUCGACAGCCGUCUACCAUUCCCUACCGACACUUUUGAGAUGUUCGACGAGUGCAAGGAUGGUCUGGUUCUCGCCAAGCUCAUCAACGACAGUGUACCUGACACCAUCGAUGAGCGUGUCCUCAACAUUCCCGGCAGGAAGACGAAAAAUCUCAAUGCCUUCCAGAUGAGUGAGAACAACAACAUUGUUAUCGAGUCCGCCAAGGGUAUCGGCUGCUCUGUUGUGAACAUUGGUGCCGGCGACAUCAUCGAGGUUAGGGAGCAUCUGAUCCUGGGUCUGAUCUGGCAGAUUAUUCGCCGUGGACUGUUGGGCAAGAUUGAUAUCAAACUGCACCCCGAACUUUACCGAUUGCUUGAGGAGGACGAGACUCUCGAGCAGUUCCUCAGACUACCCCCCGAGCAAAUCUUGCUCCGGUGGUUCAACUAUCAUCUCAAGGCUGCCAACUGGGGCCGCAAGGUUAACAACUUCUCCUCCGAUGUCAAGGACGGCGAGAACUACGCCGUUUUGCUUGCACAGAUUGGCCCCGAAUAUGGAGUCACACGUGCACCAUUGCAGAAGCAGGAUCUUCACGAUCGAGCCGAGGCGGUUCUUCAGGAGGCCGACAAGCUUGGUUGCCGCAAGUUCUUGACACCAAAGUCUCUUGUCGCCGGAAACCCGAAGCUGAACCUAGCAUUUGUUGCCAACCUGUUCAACAAUCACCCCGCUCUUGAUCCUAUCACCGAGGAGGAGAAGCUUGAGGUCGAGGACUUCGAUGCGGAGGGCGAGCGUGAGGCAAGAGUUUUUACUCUUUGGCUCAACAGUCUGGAUGUGCAACCAGCUGUCGUAUCCUUCUUCGAUGAUCUUCGAGACGGCAGCAUUCUCCUCCAAGCCUACGACAAGGUGAUCCCCGGUUCCGUCAACCCCCGCCACGUCAACAAACGACCAGCCCAUGGUGGAGAGAUGUCGAGGUUCAAGGCUGUGGAGAACACCAACUAUGCGAUCGAGCUGGGCAAGCAAAACCGCUUUUCGCUGGUGGGCAUUCAGGGUGCCGACAUCACCGACGGACAGCGAACUUUGACUCUUGGCCUCGUGUGGCAGCUUAUGCGCAAGGAUAUCACUGUCACUCUUUCAUCCCUGGCUCAGAAGCUUGGCAAGAGGGAGAUUACAGACUCUGAGAUGGUGCGAUGGGCCAAUGACAUGUCCCGCAAGGGUGGCAGAAACUCGGCCAUUCGCUCUUUCAAGGAUCCUGCCAUCGGUUCUGGUAUCUUCCUUCUGGAUGUCCUAAACGGAAUGAAGAGCAGCUAUGUCGACUACGAUCUCGUGACGCCCGGACAGACGGAUGAGGAUGCCUACAUGAACGCCAAGCUGAGCAUCAGCAUUGCCCGCAAGCUUGGUGCCACCAUUUGGCUGGUUCCAGAGGAUAUCUGCCAAGUCCGCAGCCGUCUUGUUACUACAUUUAUUGGUUCUCUCAUGGCGACUCACGAGAAGAUGUAA